AUGUCUCCAAGCGCCGACAAGAAGCACGACUACAGCAUUGCAUGCAUGCCAGCCGAUGGCAUCGGACCAGAAGUCAUUGCCGCAGGCGUUGAGGUUCUCAAGACAUUGAGCGAGGCAUCUGGUGAAUUCAAGCUCAGCUUCCAAGAUUUCGACUGGAGUUCGGAAACAUAUAAGAAGCUGGGCAAGUACAUCCCAGAUGGAGGUUUAGAAGAACUCAGGAAACACGAUGCUAUUCUGUUUGGCGCUGUGGGUGCUCCUGACGUACCCGACCACAUCUCACUCUGGGGUCUUCGAUUAGCAAUCUGCCAGCCUUUCCAACAAUACGCCAACGUUCGACCGACGAAGAUCUUGAAAGGCACUGAGUCUCCACUACGAAAAGCGAAGACUGGUGAUCUUGAUUGGGUCAUCGUUCGUGAGAACAGCGAAGGCGAGUAUGCAGGUCAAGGAGGCCGAUCUCAUGUCGGUCAGCCUUGGGAGAUCGCCACCGAAGUCAGCAUCUUCACUCGUCACGGUGUUGAACGCUUGAUUCGAUUUGCCUUUGAGGUUGCGCAGAUCAGGCCGAAGAAGCAUAUCACUGUUGUGACUAAGAGCAAUGCUCAACGCAAUGGAAUGGUGAUGUGGGAUGAGGUCGCUGCAGAGGUGGCCAAGGACUUCCCAGAUGUGACGAUGGACAAAAUGCUGGUAGAUGCCAUGACGUGCCGGAUGGUGUUGCAGCCCAACUCACUCGACACGAUCGUUGCAACGAAUCUACACGCCGACAUUCUCAGCGAUCUAGCAGCAGCAUUAGCAGGCUCAAUAGGCAUUGCUCCAACAUCAAACCUGGACCCAACACGUAAGAACCCAAGCAUGUUCGAACCAAUCCACGGCUCAGCCUUCGACAUCACGGGCAAAGGCGUUGCGAAUCCUGUAGGCACUUUUUGGACUGCUUCGGAGAUGAUGAGAUGGCUUGGUGAGGAGCAGGCUGCUGAUCGUUUGAUGGAAUGUGUCGAGACUGUUUGUGGCCAGGGUAUAUUGACGCGCGAUUUGGGUGGUUCUGCUGGCACGAAGGAGGUGACGGACGCUGUCUGUGCUGAGAUCAAGCGUUCUUACGCUGGUAAGAGUGCGAGCUAA